AUUACCGGCGCAAGUAACAACUUGCGCGUCAGUUCUACUUGCACGCCGGCUCCACUUGCCUGUGUAAACACGUGACUUGCAGACCACUCCGACUUGUAAGCAAGUAAAGUGAGUGUUUAGUCGUGUUCCGGUGUGCUCUGUACAUUUGAGUUUAAGGUUAAUUUGUAUAUUUGUUAUAGUUGUAGUGGUUACUGAGUUGUCAUGGCUGAUACCAACGAGAACAAUGAAAGUGAUAAACCCGUGAUAGGAAAGGAGACUGUCAAGAAGGAAGGAAAAAAGGUAAAAAAGUAUGAUAAAUGGAACAUAAACAACAUUGAAACUUUUUUGGAACUGUAUGAGGGAUACCCUUGUUUAUGGGAUUAUAAAUUGGCGGAAUAUAAAGAUAGAAAUCUUAAAGAAGACGGCUGGUUACAGAUUGUAAAAGGAAUGAAUAUGCCAAACUUUACUGUUAAAGAUGCUAAAGAAAAGAUGCGAAGCCUGAGGAAUACAUAUUCAAACGAGCUAGUAAAAAUAACAAAAAGCAAGUCUUCAGGAAGUGGUUUAGAUGACGUAUACACACCGACACUGAGGUGGUUUCCAACAAUGGACCGCAUAUUAGGAGCAGUUGUGAAGACAAGAGAGAGCCAAGUAAUUGGAAUUCCAAAUGAAGAUGGUAAUAAGGUAGGCAUUAAGUUUUGUAAUGUAAGGUAACUUAAGCCUAAAUAACAACAUAAUGUAAAACGGUUUUUUCCAUUAACGUUUAUUUAAUCAAUGUUCAAAAUGAAACACAUUAUACAUACAGUUACAGUUACAUUAUACAUGUAUUG